AUGGCGGGCAUGGAGGAGGCAGUGGCCUCCGGGAGCCACCUGAAUGGUGACUUGGAUCCAGACGACAGGGAGGAGGAAGCUGCCUCUACCGCCGAAGAAGCAGCCAAGAAAAAAAGACAGAAGAAGAAGAAGAGUAAAGGGGCUGCUGCAGUAGGGCAACAAGAACCUGAUAAAGAAUCAGGAGCCUCAGUGGAUGAGGUAGCAAGACAAUUGGAAAAACAAGCAUUGGAAGAAAAAGAAAGAGAUGAUGAUGAUGAUGAUGAUGAUGAUGAUGAUGAUGGAGAUGGUGAUGGGGAUGGAGCAACUGGAAAGAAGAAGAAAAAGAAGAAGAAGAAGAGAGGAUCAAAAGUUCAAACAGAUCCUCCCUCAGUUCUAAUAUGUGACCUGUAUCCUAAUGGUGUAUUUCCCAAAGGACAAGAGUGCGAAUACCCACCCACACAAGAAGGGUGAACAGCUGCUUGGAGAACUACAAGUGAAGAAAAGAAAGCUUUAGAUCAAGCCAGUGAAGCGAUUUGGAAUGAUUUUCGAGAAGCUGCAGAAGCACGUCGACAAGUUAGAAAAUAUGUUAUGAGCUGGAUCAAGCCUGGGAUGACAAUGAUAGAAAUCUGUGAAAAGUUAGAAGACUGUUCACACAAAUUGAUAAAAGAGAAUGGAUUAAAUGCAGGCCUGGCAUUUCCUACUGGGUGUUCUCUCAAUAACUGUGCUGCCCUUUAUACUCCCAAUGCUGGUGACACAACAGUAUUACAGUAUGAUGACAUCUGUAAGAUAGAUUUUGGAACACACAUAAAUGGUAGGAUUAUUGACUGUGCUUUUACUGUCACUUUUAAUUCCAAAUAUGAUACGUUAUUAAAAGCUGUAAAGGAUGCUACCAAUACUGGAAUAAAGUAUGCUGGAAUUGAUGUUUGUCUAUGUGAUGUUGGGGAGGCCAUCCAAGAAGUUAUGGAAUCCUAUGAAGUUGAAAUAGAUGGGAAGACAUAUCAAGUGAAACCAAUCCGUAAUCUGAAUGGACAUUCAAUUGGGCAAUAUAGAAUACAUGCUGGGAAAACAGUGCCCAUUGUGAAAGGAGGAGAGGCAACAAUAAUGGAGGAAGGAGAAGUGUAUGCAAUUGAAACCUUUGGUAGUACAGGAAAAGGUGUUGUUCAUGAUGACAUGGAAUGUUCACAUUACAUGAAAAAUUUUGAUGUUGGCCAUGUGCCGGUAAGGCUUCCAAGAACAAAACACUUGUUAAAUGUCAUCAAUGAAAACUUUGGCACACUUGCCUUCUGCCGCAGAUGGCUUGAUCGCUUGGGAGAAAGUAAAUAUUUGAUGGCUCUGAAGAAUCUGUGUGACUUGGGCAUUGUAGAUCCAUAUCCACCAUUAUGUGACAUUAAAGGAUCAUAUACAGCGCAGUUUGAACAUACCAUGCUGUUGCGUCCAACAUGCAAAGAAGUUCUCAGCAGAGGAGAUGACUAUUAAACUUAGUCCAAAGCCACC